UGAGGCCACGCCCAGACCCGGAAGCGGAGCCGUCACGUGGGGCGGCGUGGGCCGCUGCCUUGGAAACGCGGAGCCCGCGUUCCGGGCGAAAGCACCAGGGCAGGGGUCUCGCGUGGGAGGAAGGGACUGCUACGGGGAUAGAAUGCUGUGCGUCGGAAGGCUGGGCGGCUUCGGAGCCAGAGCAGCAGCUCUGCCGCCCCGGUGGGCGGGCCAGGGAAGCCUUCAGGCCGGGAUCCGGGCCCGAAGGGUCAGCACCAGCUGGUCUCCCGUGGGCGCCGCCUUCAAUGUCAAGCCCCAGGGCAGCCGCUUGGACCUGUUCGGCGAGCGCCGGGGUCUUUUUGGAGUUCCUGAGCUCAGUGCCCCAGAAGGAUUUCAUAUUGCACAAGAAAAAGCCUUGAGAAAGACAGAAUUGCUUGUGGACCGUGCGUGUUCCACCCCACCUGGGCCCCAGACCGUGCUGAUCUUCGAUGAGCUCUCGGAUUCCUUGUGCAGAGUGGCUGACUUGGCUGAUUUUGUGAAAAUCGCUCACCCUGAGCCAGCAUUCAGAGAAGCCGCGGAAGAAGCUUGUAGAAGUAUUGGCACCAUGGUAGAGAAGUUGAACACAAAUGUGGAUUUAUAUCAAAGUUUGCAAAAAUUACUAGCUGAUAAAAAACUUGUGGAUUCCCUUGAUCCAGAAACAAGGCGAGUGGCUGAACUGUUUAUGUUUGAUUUUGAAAUUAGUGGAAUCCAUCUAGACAAAGAAAAGCGUAAAAGAGCAGUGGACCUCAAUGUUAAAAUCUUGGAUUUGAGUAGUACAUUUCUUAUGGGAACCAAUUUUCCCAACAAGAUUGAGAAGCAUCUCUUACCAGAACACAUUCGUCAUAACUUUACGUCUGCUGGGGAUCAUAUCAUCAUUGAUGGUCUCCACGCAGAGGCACCAGAUGACUUGGUGCGAGAAGCUGCUUAUAAAAUUUUUCUGUAUCCCAACGCUGGUCAGUUGAAAUGUUUAGAAGAAUUGCUCAGCAGUCGAGACCUUCUGGCAAAGCUGGUGGGGUAUUCCACGUUUUCCCACAGGGCUCUCCAAGGAACGAUAGCUAAAAAUCCAGAGACUGUCAUGCAGUUCCUUGAGAAACUAUCUGACAAACUUUCUGAAAGAACUCUAAAAGAUUUUGAGAUGAUACGAGAGAUGAAAAUGAAACUGAAUCCUCAAAAUUGUGAAGUAAUGCCUUGGGACCCCCCCUACUACAGUGGUGUGAUUCGUGCAGAAAGGUAUAAUAUUGAGCCCAGCCUAUAUUGCCCGUUUUUCUCUCUUGGAGCAUGCAUGGAAGGCCUGAAUAUUUUGCUAAACAGACUAUUGGGGAUUUCAUUAUAUGCAGAGCAGCCUGCAAAAGGAGAGGUGUGGAGUGAAGAUGUCCGAAAACUGGCUGUCGUUCAUGAAUCUGAGGGAUUGUUGGGGUACAUUUACUGUGAUUUUUUUCAGCGAGCAGACAAGCCACAUCAGGAUUGCCAUUUCACUAUACGUGGAGGCAGACUAAAGGAAGACGGAGACUAUCAACUCCCAGUUGUAGUUCUUAUGCUGAAUCUUCCCCGUUCCUCAAGGAGUUCUCCAACUUUGCUGACUCCUGGCAUGAUGGAAAAUCUUUUCCAUGAAAUGGGACAUGCCAUGCAUUCAAUGCUAGGACGUACUCGUUACCAACACGUCACUGGGACCAGGUGCCCUACUGAUUUUGCUGAGGUUCCUUCUAUUCUGAUGGAGUACUUUGCAAAUGAUUAUCGAGUAGUUAACCAAUUUGCCAGACAUUAUCAGACUGGACAGCCACUGCCAAAAAAUAUGGUGUCUCGUCUUUGUGAAUCUAAAAAGGUUUGUGCUGCAGCUGAUAUGCAACUUCAGGUCUUUUAUGCCGCUCUGGAUCAAAUCUACCAUGGGAAGCAUCCCCUGAGGAAUUCAACCACAGACAUUCUCAAGGAAACACAAGAGAAAUUCUAUGGCCUACCAUACGUUCCAAAUACUGCCUGGCAGCUGCGGUUCAGCCACCUCGUGGGGUAUGGCGCUAAGUAUUACUCUUACCUCAUGUCCAGAGCGGUCGCCUCCAUGGUGUGGAAGGAGUGCUUUCUGCAGGAUCCUUUCAACAGGGCCGCUGGAGAGCGCUAUCGCAGGGAGAUGCUGGCCCACGGUGGAGGCAGGGAGCCCAUGCUCAUGGUUGAAGGCAUCAAGCUUCAAGAACUGAGGAAUUCACAAGUUGGCGAUACACUGAUGAAUUUACAUUUGGAAGGUGUACCAGUAAAAGGUUAAAUAGUAGUAAUAAUUAUAGAGAUUUAGAGCAGAUUUUAGUUGAAGAAUUGAAAUUGACAUUUGCUAGCCAACUCUUUUAUGAAAUGUUCCCAGAGGACAUAGGGACAAGAUUUCUCUUGGUUUAACUGGAUUGUUUCCUGAAAGAGCAUUUACAAGACAUCUUCUGGUGUUUAUUUAUGUCUUUUUCAACUAAAUGUAAAAGAAACUUUGUCUUUAUGACUGUGAUGUAACAUUAUUAAUAAUGAAAUUAGAUUAAGAAAUUAUACCAAUACCUGAUUUUCUUCUAUAUUUAAUAGUUCAUCUUUACAUUAAAGUUUUCUCUUAUUAAAUAGUCCCUGCUUAAUUUUAGAGUUUGCACAUCUCAGAUAUCUGAAUAGCAUUAUCAGGUUCUUUUUGUGACCCAUCCGAUAAGUUAGAGUAUGUCAGGUGACACAGUUUUUUACUCUCUUUCCAUUCAGUACUAAAUGUGUGUUUUGUUUAGGCUUUAGGGUCAGGAGGAAGGCCAACCUGUACUUGUAGCUCCCUUUGUAGCAGUUUAAAUAAAGCUGAGCUUUAACAAAGUUCUUAAAAUCUUAAGUCACACACUCAAAAUAGUGGAAUUUCAACACUAGAUUUAUUUUUGUCUUCCUUUUCAUGCACAUGCAUUUCACAUUAGGAUAGAGAUUUUAUUUAAAUGCUGCAAUAGCCUGUGUAUUGAUUUUCUAAAGAUAGCUAAUCCUUUAUGUCAGAUACUUUCAAUAAAACUAGUUUCUGCUACUUGUGUAUUUCCAGCAUUGAAUGGAUAGGAGGGAGUCAUAAAAGUUUAAUCAAACCAAGCGUACAUUUGUUAUUUUAUUGUUUAUUAUUGUUACAAUAGUGAGAGCAAUAAAGCUAAGUACAGCUAAAAGCAUUUGUUGAGUGUAUUUGAUGUGCCAAGUACUAUGUAUAUUGCUGUAUAAUCUCAUUUAAUUCUCUAAACAGUCCCAGGGAUGCAUACGUAACUUACUUGCCUGAGAUCACGUAGCAGCAGACAUUAGAACCAGGAUUCAGAGUCAAGUACUCUGACUCGCCUGUGUGAGCUGGUAAUUUCUUCAACUUCUUUGUCAGGUUAUACCAGGAAGUUUUUGCUUUGGAAUACGUGCAUGCAUAUUCCAUUGUAUUUUUUCCCUUGCUCUUUCAUAAUUGUUGGCAACUGAGUGGCCUUGUUGGGAAUACAGUGAUGCUCAAAGAAGAUAUUAUUGGGUUAUCAGAGUAAGAUAUCAUGGGGACAAAUCUGCAAAGUGGCAUGUGCUAACUAGUAUGCUAACUAGUAACUAGUAUGUAUACUAGUAUGUAAUUGCCUUACCUACAGUAAAAUGAUUUUGUAGGAAAAUAAGAUUUGUUGAAUGUAAACGCGUGAAUGCACGGCAUGCAAAGCAAGAUUUGGAACUUUACAGAAUGCUUAUUGGCAGAAAGCUGCUUUUCUUGCACAGCAUAGCAGGAAUAAAUGAGGAAAGCAUGUCAUGGAAUCAGAGUUACAAUUUAGUAGCUCUAGGAUUAUGACACAAUUUCAAUAAUAGAGGCACCCCAGAAUAACAGCCAAGUAAAUAGAAUCCCUAAUCUUUGGCUUGUUCAUAUAUUUACUCAACGUAGCCUCUGAAAUCACUGAAAGCUUUUUGGAAGAAAGAAAUGGAAAGGAGCACCUGCAUUCUCAAGGCUAAGACCUCCCUUUUGUAAAUGCACUAAUAUUUUAAGAGGGUGUGUGCAUGUUUAAUGUGUGGGUGUGUUUGUUUAAGGAAGACAUUGAGCUUCAAAAGGCAAGAUGUUUUGUAACCCAGAAAUGUAAUUGUAAAUGGAAUUAUUAAAUCUGACAAUGAAAUUAAAAUAAACUAAUGUGUAAACAGAGCACAUAUGUGGGGCUGUACUUGCUGGCUCACCUUCUGUGUAACACGGGUUCAGAGGCUUCACCUGAGUUAAUAAUUCGAGAGAGAGAGAGAGAGCCCCAUAUGUGAAUGCUAACAGAUACCAAUCCAGCACAGGGAGCAGCUGAGUCUUUUCAGUUCAAAGGAAGAGAAGAAUUUCACUUCCUGGCUGAUAGUCUGAUUUUCUCAAGAACUGAUUGUAGAUAGACGGAAUCUACCUUUAGCAAAGGGUGUGGGUAACCACAGUCUUGUAGCAGAGAAAAACUUCAAAGUAAAGAUGGUGAGCCAUACAAUUGCCCUAGGCUUGGGAGAGACAGAUCUGGAAUGAGGAUUCUGAUCUCAUAAAAUUCACUUAAGAUUUUUCAAACUGCCAGGCUAGCCUUUGUAGCUACAAUUCUUAAUCAGUCUAGGUUGAGUUUGGCACAUAAAAUUAUUUCAGCGGAAAAAAUAGCCAUUAAACUAUUAUGAUGAAUUAUUAGAAUUAAUAAUGGUGCUGAGAAUACUCAAACCUCCUUUUCAUUCACUCCCAAAUCUGUUUAGAUAAUCUGCUUUUUGGUACAUCUGAGUUAUUGUUAUGUCUAGUAAUGGAGGAUGGCAUAGCACAGACAGCUGUGUAUCUGAGUGAAUCGCAGGUUCUAAAAAGAUUUCUGACCUCUUUUUUAAAUUGUGGUAAAAUAUACUACAUGCCAUACCAUUUGCCAUGUUACCCGUUUUUAAAUGUAUAGUUCAAAGCCAUUCACAGUGUCCUACACUUACAAUGCUGUGCAGCCAUCACCACUAUCCAUUUUCAGCACUUCCCCAUCACCCCAGUGAAGACCCUUUUAUCACAGAAAUCAGCAGGUAGAAAAAAGGAUUUAUUUUAAUUCCAUCUUUUGUUUCUUUCUUUUAGUAGAUAAACAGUUACCUAAUAAGCAGAUGGCAAAAAGUAGAAAAAAGCCGUGAUUUAUGAGCUGGAUAAGUAGCUUGUGAUUGUGAGUUUUAUGAUAGUUUUAUGAUAUUUAAUCAUAGAUCAAAUGUUUUGGAAUUGAACUUGUACAAAAAUAGUAAGCAACCUCAUCCUUCAACUCUUGAACUAGGAAGCAGGUUUUCAUAAAUCGUCGGGUCUGAUUAUGAUAGUGAGUGAGCAUUUCUCUGUGUUAAAUUCUGUAUCUUAUUUAAUCCUUCUUAACAAUCUAUCGAAGUAGAUGACAUUGUGCCAGUUUUAUGAACUUCAAACAUUAUACUAAACUCCAGCAUUUUACUUUUACUUAGAUUGCCUCCAGUGGAGGUUAAGUGACUAGUCUGAGGUCCCUUAACCAGUUGGUUAACCCAGGGUAAUCUCUUACUAAACCCUUGCUCUAACCAUCAGGAUAUAUUGCCUUCUUUCGAGCCACCUAAAGUUUGAUUUAGAAAAUGAAAAAGGUAUUUUUUUCUCUCUAUUCUUUCUUGGCACCCCUUCAAAGGAAAACAGUUGUAUAGUCAGAAGAGAAAUAGCCUGAAAUUUCGUAUAAUGAGACACCAUGCGGAACCAGAUAACGUUCCAUUCAGCCCCAAAUUCACACCGGCACAGUGCCCCCGCCAGGCUGUUGGUGGAACUGCAUGCAAAUGGCUGCUCUGCUGACCAGCAAGGCCCGGGGGGGCUGUUGUCCUGUAGGGAGUCCUCAGGACAUUUUGUUUUUUGGAGACUGAGGCUCUUUUUGGUCCACCAGACUGUUUCCUAACUAAGUGAUACUUACAGGCCUUAAAUAGAAAUCUGGCUAAUGGAACUUAAUUAAUUAAUUUCUACUAAGUCCAGUGCUGUGGCUGAAAUGUAAGAAUAUGACUAGCUUUUAACUUUUAUUUUAUUUUUUAAAAAACUUUUUUUUCUAGGUUUGAUGUACGUGUGCAGGUUUGUUAUAUAGAUAAGCUUGUGUCAUGGGGGCUUUUAUCACCCAAAUUAUUUUAUCACCCAAAUUAUUUUUUCACCCAGGUACUAAGUCUAGUAGCCAAUAGUUAUUUUUUUUUCCUCUCCCUCCUCCCACGCUCCACACUCAAAUAGGCCUCAAUGUGUUCUCAUUAUUU